AUGUCGUCCACCAGCAACGCCUCCAUUGACAAGUUCAACGGAGACAAUUACGCAACGUGGAGCCGGUACAUGCGCGGUGUGUUUUUGACGAAGUCCGUCUGGCACGUCGUCAACCGUGAAGUGACUCCGACUUUCACCGACCCGCGAGCGUCCGAUGACUACGUCAAGGCAAGCAACGUCGCGUUUGGUAUGAUGCUGCUGCACAUGAACGCGGACUACCAUCAUGUGCUGGACAACUGCGAGGAAGCCUGGGUUGCGUGGACAAGUCUGAAGACGCUGUACGGUGGGUCGCAGAAGGCAGGACGCAUCUACCUCAAGCGACAACUUUUCAGUAUCAAGAUGGCUGAAGGCGCGAACGUCAUGCAUCACUGCAACGAGGUCCUCAACAUCUCCGCCAAGCUUAGCGGCAUCGGUGCGAAGAUGGAAGACGAAGACGUUGCAAUUUGUCUGCUACUCAGUCUUCCGAAGAGCUACGAAAAUGUGGUGCUCAACAUGGAAAUGAGCAGCACCGAGCUUCGCACUCAAGAUGUGGUGAGAGUCCUGACGAAUGAGCAUGCCAAGCGUCAAGGAGAAAAAGGGACAACGACAGCGACUACGGUGAAGGCUGAAGAUGCAAGCAAGGCAUUCAGCGCCGAGCGUGAGCCCUACCAAUGCACGUAUUGUGGCAAGGUGGGACACACGGUGGAUCGUUGCUGGACAAAGCAGAAGAACGAAGGUCGGGGAGCCCGACGCGGCGGCAAUGGUCGUGGACGCGGGGCUAACAAUGUCCAGUGGGGACAUCAUGAUGAAGGCAAUGGCUACGAUCGAGUGGCGUUUGCAGUCUCGUUCGAAUGUGGAGUUUCGACGAGCAAGGACGUGUCUGGAAUGUGGGCCGUCGACAGUGGUGCAACGCACCACAUUUGCCACGACAAGACCAAGUUCGCAAGUUUGGCAGAGCGCAAUGAGGGCGAACUCUUGGUGGCUGAUGGCAACAAGGUGGCCAUCAAGGGUGUGGGAACCAUCAUGGAAAAGGUGGUUCUGCCCAACGGUGAAGAGCGUGAGAUCGAAAUCAAGAACGCGCUAUAUGUUCCAAGUAUGAGCAAGAACCUGCUCUCGGUGCCACAGAUUAACAGCCAUGGCAAGUUUCAAGUCGUGUUUGACGGGUCCAAGAUGUAUGUGACUCUCAAGAACUCACAGCAAGUGGUGGCGACAGCGGAUCUCGUGGAUGGACUCUACUGGCUUCGGACGACUCAACGAUCAGCGAAUGUGACAACAAGUGGAACCAGUUGUGCCGAUCUACAUGCGAGAAUGGGUCAUGCUCCAGUCGAUGUACUUCGCAAGAUGAUCGCGACCAACAUGAUCAAGGAUGUGCGAUUCCCUCUCAAGUCGGGUGGAGCAACUACAUGUCGAGGAUGUCAACAAAGGAAAAUGGUCCAAAAACCAUUUCCAAGCAACCGAGACAAGCGCAGCUACGAUACGUUUGAGCUACUUCAUCUGGACAUCUGCGGGCCCAUGGAAAAGGAUUCGCUCGGUGGCAGCAAAUAUUUGCUGCUGAUCAUCGACGAAGCCAGUGGAUGCAUGAAGGGCUUUUGUCUACGAGUGAAGUCCGAGAGUGAAGACUACAUCCGGAAAUAUAUCACCAUGGUACAGACGCAAUUAUGUAAGAAGGUCAAGUUCGUGCGACACGACGGAGCUCGCGAGUUUGCAACCAACUCGCUUCAACUGUUCUACGAAGACGAAGGCAUUGAACAGCAGACAACGGUGCCGUAUGCACAUCAAACAAACGGAACAGCAGAGCGUGCCAUUAGGACUAUUGUCACGAUCGGCCGCAGCAUGCUUCAUCAUGCCAAACUGGACAAGUGUUUCUGGGCCGAAGCAGCGAUGACGGCCAUCUACGUCAAGAAUCGACUGCCGUCACCUAAAGUCGUGCACAAGACCCCGUUUGAGAUCGUCUACAACUUGAAACCAAGCGUCAAGCACAUGCGAACAUUCGGGUGUCAGACAUACAUACUGACGCCUAAAGAGAAUCGACUCAAGUGGGAUCCAAAGGCUCGCGCUGGCAUAUUCGUGGGCUACGAAGAAGUUUCGAAGGCAUAUCGUGUUUAUGACAUCGAGGCGGGGCAGGUGGUUAUCAGCCGCGAUGUCAACUUCGACGAGUCCACCUUUGGACUUCAACUGCCGAUCACUGAUGAAGAUGUCGAUGACCUGGACUUCGAAUUGCUGGAUCUUGAUGACGAAGAGCUGCGUCAAAUGGAGUACAAGCAAACAGGCAAGCGCAAGAACCGACUCAAUGAUGAAGAUACAGCAGCUCCACGACCGCUUGCAGUGCGUCAACGACCAGGACUAGAAGAGUCAAGCGCGCCGGAAAACAACUCGUCACGACAAGAAGAAGACGAAGAAACGAAGGAUUCUGGUGAUUCAACACCGCCUGUGUUUUGGCGUGCGAGUGCAAAUGCCGUUGAAGCAGCAGUGGACUUAUCAGAACCCUCAACAUUUGAAGCAGCAGUAAGCGGCCCUGACCAAGUGCACUGGAGAAAAGCAAUUCAUGCAGAGCUCGAGUCAAUGCGACUUCGCGGUGUGUUUCGUGCAGCCAAGCUGCCCAACGGACAACGCGCCAUUGGCACAAAAUGGGUGUUCAAGAUCAAGCGCAAGGCGGAUGGGUCAAUCGAGAAGUACAAGGCACGACUUGUGGCCAAGGGUUGUUGUAACUUGAGCGCGAGGCGAAGAGAAAACGAAGCGGAGAGACCGGAGAGAACGAAGCAGAGAACACUUGCUCACUUGAGGGAGGAUUCGAAAGUGAUUGAUUUAUAG